CGCUCUUACAGGAAAUUGUUUACCCCUCUCGACACGUUUUCGAGUACCACCCGCGGUAUCGUAAAUCCAACGCUAUCAGGAUAAGUAUAUAAAACGUGAAAAUAAUAAUUAAGCCACUGCUUUCCGAUUAUUCCGGAAGACUCAGUGCCGUUGCUCGACCCCGGAAAUUCAUUUCCGAAAUCCGGCCGCACGGAUUUCGAACGAAGAAAUGACUUCAAGUAAGGCGUUGCUGAUAUCUACAUGUCGGUCCAGGAAUAAACAAUCGUGGCUAUUCAUUUUGAGUGUCCUUAUUAUUUGCAUUUACAAGGUGCAUGCGGAUGUUGAACUGGGCGAGACUCCUAAUCGCGACGUCAUACAAGUGCACGUGUUAUUUCGACAUGGUGACCGAACGCCUUUACUUCCCCUCUUCGGAAAACAAGGCGGAGAGCUCGAGGACAAUUCUGGCAUCUUGACGAAGAAGGGCAUGUUGCAAUUAUUCGCCAGAGGCUUGUGGAUUCGCCAGCAUUAUGGGCAUUUACUUAGAUCGACUUAUAAACCUUCGGAAAUAUCGAUCGUCAGCACGUCGGUAGAUCGCACCAUAAUGUCUGUACAAUGUCUAUUGGCAAGUUUGUACUACCCGAAUCCUUUGGAUGCCUUCGUUCCAGGAUUAAUUUGGCGACCAGUGCCGGUACAUACGAAUUUGGGCAAGUUGGAGAAGGCGACGAAAAGCAUUCCCCUGGAGUAUUUAACACAUCCUCAGCAUUAUUUAAAGCAAUCAGCUCAAGCACUGCUCCACCCAGAGCUGGCGAAGCAAAUUGCUUACGGAGAAUUCACGGGGCCACUGUUGAACGAGAUUCUCUAUAAAUUGAAAAGUGCAAAUCAAGGCUCGGCAAAAAGUGUGCACUUGUACUCCGCCCAUGACAUUACAGUAAGCAACGUAUUGAAUACUCUGGGGAUCAACGAGACCUUCACCGAAGUCAAUUUCGCAGGCACUUUAAUUAUCGAACUGAGAAAAGUCGUCGUUAAUGGCAAGGAACGUCAGGAAGUGAAGGUGAAGUUCCUGAAUGAUCCUAACGGAGUAAUUCCGAGUGUCCUGGAGAUGCCAGGAUGCAAGCAGCCAUGUUCGCUCCUGAAUCUUGAAAAAUUCUUGAGGAAAGUUAUUAAAGAAGAUCCGAUCCAGCCACCCGAGUCCAUAUUAAAAUUAUAAAAAGCAAUCAGAGGAGAAUACUCCGAGGAAAUAUAAAGCCCGCGUAAUUGGCUGCAGUGCAUUAUUGUAAUGAUUGGACUCGGCUAAUAAAAACUGGAGAAACCUUAACAUUUUGUUAAACUCGU